CUCUGUGUAGAGAGCAGAACUGGUACUCAAACCAUGCUGCAAUCCAGGGCAUUGGUGAUAGCUCUGAUUCUGCUCCUUAGCACCACUCUCUCCGAAGUGCAGUCAAAGUCCAUCUUUGAGAAAGACCGUCGUGAGUUGCUGGCUAUCCCUGAGACUAUUGCAUCUUACUUCUAUGAAGCUGUCAACAAGGUGUCCCCGAAAGUCAGUCAGUUCUUGUUGGAUACUGUCCAGAGUCCAACAGUUAUUGCGGCCAGACAGAGAAUCGCCAAAGAAGCAACUAAAGUCAGUAUAAUGUUUGAACAGCUGAUUGAAAAAAUAAAGAACCUGUGGUACACAAGAGUCCUAGGCUAUUAGCCAAAUGAAGACAAGUCAGCAUUUCCUGAUGUGAGUGUGUAACACCCUGCAGUGUCCUUUCCCCCUGCCCCUCCUACGGACCAAGAUCAGUCAAUAAGACAGAAUCGAUGCUCCUCUUAAUGCCACUAGAGCGAACCCACCUUCAAAGACCAAAAGAUGGAAGGCAUUUGCUGAAGUCUCCCCGGAAA